CCCGUGUGUGUGUAUGUGUGUGUGUCACACACGGCACGUAGCACGUGACGCUGCCUUCCUACUGCACUGCCUGUGCGUAUGGUAACACACAACACGGCCUAUCGAGUGUGUGUGUGUGUAACACGCACGUGUAGUGUAUUCACUGUAACGUGCACAGAGUGCCUAACCUGCAUACUAUAGUAUACACUGGAGUGUCCUGAGCAUACACUGUGUGUGUGUGUGUGUAUAUACAUCUAACACACGUAGCCUUCACAUCCGACAUAGCUUCAGUGUAAGGUGUAGAGCUAAGAGACCGCACAUAGAAUUUAGUUUAUAGCUCAUAAACACAGUACAUAACCUAGCGAACACAUUGUGUAUAUGACACGGAUUCCAGUCCUCUGUACGUUGCGUGGAGACCUACUGCAACAAUGAAUUACAGGAAGGAGAUGAUGCGCCGAACAGUCCCAGGGCAAUUCGAUGAUGCAGACUCCUCUGACAGUGAAUUGACCCAGGGCACGGAAACAGUUAAAGAGGAAGAGGUAACAGUUAAACAUCAGCAGUCAUGUUUGUCUGAGGAAGUGGACAGUGAUGAAAUUGAAUAUGAUGACGAUGAUGAGGAUGAAGAGUGGGACUGGGAUGAUUCAGCUGGAAGACUCACCAAGCGGCAUACUGCAACUGGAGGCUGCAACCCACAGGCAAAUAGACAGACCCCUAGUUGCAAUUCAGCAAAAAUGUCCACUCCUACAGACAAGGCCCUAAGAAAAUUUGAGCAUAAAAUUAAUCUAGAUAGGUUAAAUCUUGCUGACUCUGUUAUAAACAAAGUCACAGAAAAGUCUAGGCAAAAGGAAGCAGAUAUGUAUCGAGUCAAAGAUAAAUCUGACAGAGCAACAGUGGAACAGGUAUUAGAUCCAAGAACACGAAUGAUCCUGUUCAAGAUGCUAACUAGAGGUGUCAUAUCAGAGAUAAAUGGCUGCAUCAGCACAGGAAAAGAAGCUAAUGUCUAUCACGCCAGUACAGUGAAUGGAGAGAACAGAGCAAUAAAGAUUUAUAAAACCUCUAUUUUGAUGUUUAAAGAUCGGGAUAAGUAUGUGAGUGGGGAAUUUAGAUUUCGUCAUGGGUAUUGUAAAGGAAACCCGAGGAAAAUGGUGAAGACAUGGGCAGAAAAAGAGAUGAGGAAUUUAAUAAGGUUGAAUACAGCACAAAUACCUUGCCCGGAGCCAAUUAUGCUAAGAAGUCAUGUACUUGUCAUGAGUUUUAUUGGUAAAGAUGACAUGCCUGCUCCUCUAUUGAAAAAUGCUCAGUUAUCUGACUCAAAAGCCCGGGAGUUGUAUCUACAGAUCAUACAGUACAUGAGAAGAAUGUACCAGGAUGCCAAACUUGUUCAUGCAGAUCUCAGCGAAUUUAAUAUGCUAUACCACAGCGGAGAGGUGUACAUCAUUGAUGUGUCUCAGUCGGUGGAGCAUGACCACCCACAUGCAUUAGAAUUCCUGCGGAAGGACUGUGCCAAUAUCAAUGACUUUUUCUGGAAGUACGGUGUUGCGGUGAUGACUGUCAGAGAGCUCUUUGAGUUUAUUACAGAUCCUUCUAUCACAAGCGACAACUUGGAUGCUUAUCUCUCAAAGGCGAUGGAAAUAGCAACCCAAAGAACAGAGGAAGAAAGGUCCAGUCAAGAUAACGUGGAUGAGGAGGUGUUUAAGAGAGCUUACAUUCCUCGAACCCUGACCGAAGUUAAAAACUAUGAGAGGGAUGUAGAUGUCAUGAUGAAAUUGAAGGAAGAGGACAUGGCAUUAAACGUGCAGCAGGAUAAUAUUCUCUACCAGACAGUGACAGGAUUGAAGAAGGACUUGUCAGGUGUUCAGAAGGUCCCUGCACUCCUUGAAAAAAAAGAAGACGACAUGGAAUCAGAUUCAGAAGAUGGGGGCAGUACUGAUGACUCUGACUCAGGCUGUAAAGAACAGGGAGAGCCACUGCAUCCCAAAGAUCAACCAACUGACACUGGCAUGGACAAAAAGGAAAGGAAAAAGAUGAUUAAAGAAGCCCAAAGAGAGAAGAGAAAAAACAAAAUCCCAAAGCACGUGAAGAAGCGAAAAGAGAAGACAGCAAAAAUGAAGAAAGGCAAAUAACAUGGCUUUGAUCUUGGGGGCAGGGUUAGCUGUUGUUGACUAUUGGUCUCCAUCAGUUAUUUUCGCUACAAAAUAUUCUAUUUAUGUAAAUAUAGAUUUCACCAUGAUGGUGGAUUGUUAACAAUCUUGUGAUUGACUGGAUGCAGCAUAUAUCAUGGAUUUUUCGAUGGAGAAGAUUGACUUGUGUAAAAAUGUGCAAAGUCUUUAGCCCUCAAUGUGGGUGGCUGUUCUCCUGCUUCUCGGACUGCCAAGAAGAAGGAGCUUUUUAUGAUUAUAGCCCAACACAGGAAAAAAAAAGAAGCACAUACUUGUUUCUCUCUUUAAAAAACAAAGGAAAACCCCAAUAACCGCAUGGAUGUCUAGUUAUACUUUAUCAUGGGCAUUAAUACCAUGGUCAGUGUUUUCACAUGGAGGGGAAAUGCGGGUGCACAAAUCCUUAUCUAAGCGCACAUAUAAGCACCUGCUCUCACGGAACAUCAAUGGCAAAACUGCCAUCAGCUACAAUGGAAGUAGGACUAAACCAUGAGUGAUUAUUUUUUCAGAGAUGCUAACUUUCCUAAAUUGACUACAAUUCCCACUGGAGUCAAUGGGAGCGGUGAGUGAUCAGCACCUCUGAAAAUCAGGCUGCUUACUUAGGUGCCUAAAUAUGGGUUUAGGUGCCUGACUUUAGGUACCCAAGUUUUGAAAAUGUUGGUGUAGCUGUUUAAAUGCUUCACCUUAAAACUCUUCCCCAUCUAAGAUGUUUCUCAUAUGGUUGAUGCAAUCGGCUGCAAGCUGCUAAGAGGUGGUAAUUGUUGUUAAACUUCUAAUAAUUCUUCUGUGUUCUGUUCCAUACCUGUUGUUUCUGUGUAUCAAUGCUCAUUGGGUGUUUCAGUGGUCAAAUUUAGCAUGCAGAUGUUUCCAUUUUGAAUGAGAACAUCUGUACUGAGGUCAUCACAUAAGACUGCAGCUUCAAAUCAAUAUGGCUUUGGAUCCGCUUAUGCAAGCAGAACGUCAUUCUAUUUGUUGUCUGGAAUAUAUUUCAAAAUACAAGCAUAAUGUUUUGUUACUGGCA